CUGUGACAGGAAGUAAAGUUCAACUAUGGAGAUUUAACUGUUUAUUCUGAAAUUUAGUACGGCACUCAUUCAUAUCUGUUUCGCCUCAUGAACUCGCCGGAAGGCUCGUUUUAAAGGGGGUUCUGCAUGAAAAAGCAGGAAAGUUAGUCAUACAUUGGUGACAGCUUCUCUGCAGUGCUGUGUUGAAUGGGAUAUGGAGGAUGGAUUGCUGUAUAUGUGAAAUAUUGCAAUGUUUGCUUUUACUGUUGCUGAUCGCCUUAUUUUUGGUUGUUGUGAUUGCUCAUGUCAGUGCUAAGAUGGUAGAUCAGACACGUCAUGAAAAGGAGAAAUACUUCUAUACUGCAGAGGGCAAAAAGGAGUCUUUCACCAGUCUGUUGGAGCCUCACUCACUGGAGCUGUCUGUGGUCGUCCCUUCAUACAAUGAGGAACUCAGAUUGCCUGUCAUGAUGGAUGAAGCCAUGGAAUACCUGGAGAAAAGACAGAAGAAGAAUCCAUCAUUUACCUAUGAAGUCAUUGUAGUAGAUGAUGGCAGCAAAGACAAAACUACAGAGGUUGCCUUAAGAUACACAAAGAAGUAUGGAGCACAAAAAGUGAGAGUGUUGACGCUGGUGAAAAACCGUGGAAAAGGUGGUGCAGUGAGAAUGGGAACUCUAAGCUGCCGUGGGCGGCUCAUUCUUAUGGCUGAUGCAGACGGAGCCACUAAAUUUGCUGACAUUGAAAAGGUGGAGGCUGGUCUUAGGAGCAUCAGCCACAAGCCUGAUAACAUGGCGAUCUCCUGCGGAUCCAGAGCUCACCUCGAAAAAGAAUCAGUGGCUCAGCGGUCUGUAUUCCGAUCGUUCCUGAUGUAUGGAUUCCACUUCCUAGUGUGGUUCUUCUGUGUAAGGGGGAUUAAAGACACACAAUGUGGGUUUAAGCUUUUCACUCGCGAAGCAGCCUUGAAAACCUUCUCCAGCCUCCAUGUGGAACGCUGGGCGUUUGAUGUAGAACUUCUGUAUAUUGCUCAGUGUUUCAAAAUCCCUAUAGCAGAAGUGGCUGUUAACUGGACGGAGAUUGAAGGGUCAAAGUUGGUGCCGUUCUGGAGUUGGCUACAGAUGGGACAGGAUCUACUCUUUAUCAGACUGCGUUACCUCACUGGUGCCUGGAAGCUGGAGUCUGAAAGAAAAACUCAGUAGCCCUUGUUACUGCUAGUGUGCCGUUCAUGGGCUGACAGAGGCUUGUGGGGGCCAACGGUUAAUUCACAGCCCACAGCCACAAAUGAAAUACACUGUGGAAUCAGUGAAAAGCAUUACCAUUUUAUCAUCACUGACUGUGCUGUAAACACAUAAGAGGAUUGUUCAUGUUUUUAUUUUCUUGACAUACUAUGUGAAGUUUUGGUUUGAAAAGGGCAGAUGGUUCUUGGCCAAAUAAAAAUUAUGAUCAGUUAAAUGCCGUUUCUGCAUUUACAAUAAAUUUGAAAAUAUAAUGCGAAAAGACGGAGCCCUUGAUGCAGAGUUUUUACAUUUCAGCAGAUUUUUUUUUGUUUUGUUUUUUUGAUAAAGGUUUUUAAAAGACUACUGCCUUUAAAACAAGAACAAAUAUCUGUUUGUGAAAUAAGAUCAAUAAAGGCCUGCUCUCGGCAAAGUAA